CGUCCUCGAUGCAGCAGCAGCCAGGUCUCUGGGCGCGCGCAACGCACCGCAAGUCGCUCGCGCAGCUCCGCGACGAAGAGAGCCACGAGACGAACGAGCGCUCGCUGCAGCUCUUCGAUCUGAUCAUGAUUGGCAUCGGUGGCACGGUUGGCAGCGGCGUCUUCGCCACGGCCGGCUUGAUUGCCCGCAACUAUGCCGGACCUGCGGCGGUGCUGAGCUGGAUCUUUGCGGGCGCUGGCUGCAUCCUCAGCAGCGGCGCGUUCAUGGAGCUCUCGUGCCUCAUCCCGGCCGAUGGCUCGACGUACGCGUAUGCCUACCAUGCGCUCGGCGAGCUCCCGGCGACGAUCGCGGGCUUUCUCUUGACGCUCGAGUAUGGCAUCUCGAGCGCCGGCAACGCGCGUGCAUGGAGCGGCAAGUUUGUCGUGUGGCUCAAGCUCCUCUUCAACGUCGACAGCCCCGCGUGGAUGCGCCCUGCCGGCACUUCGAUUGAUCUCUACGCAGGCCUUCUCUUGACGGUCUGUGUGCUCAUCGUGCUGGGCGGCAUGACGCUCGGGAAGCGUCUCAUCAACGUCAUUACGCUCACCAAGAUCGCAGUUGUCCUCUUCAUCAUUAUCGCGGGUCUGACCAAGUUCGAGUACGCCAACGUGACGCCGUUCGUGCCGCCGUCAACGACCAACGCGUCGGGGCAAACCGUCUUUGGGUGGCCCGGCGUCAUGCUCGGAGCGAGCGCGAGCUUCUACGGCUACAUUGGCUAUGACGAAGUGUGCUGCUUGGCGGGCGAAGCCGUCAACCCGCGCAAGAACAUCCCGCGCGCCGUCCUCGGGACCGUGCUCGGCGCCGCGACACUCUCCAUUCUAGCGACGCUCUCUAUCGUGGGCAUGCAGCACUACGCCGCCAUUGACGUCGACGAGUCGUUUGGCGAAGCCUUUAAAUCGGUCGGGUACCACUGGGCGUCGCCGAUCGUCGAGACGGGCGAAGUGCUCACGAUGCCGGUCGGGAUCCUCAUUGGGUUUCUGGCGCAGCCGCGUGUGCAGUGCGCCAUGGCCAAAGACGGCCUUAUGCCGGCAGUCUUCAAGCGCUUGGACGCGCAUGGCAACCCACGCAUGGGUGCGAUUCUCUGCGGCCUCUUCCUCAUCGUGCUCGCGACCUGCGUCGAGUUUCACGUGCUCUGGAAUUUCAUUUCGUUGGGUAUCCUCCUCGCCUUCAACAUGACCAACCUCUCGCUCCUCGUCGUCCGCUACGAGGCGACGCAGAUCGAGUGCGCGUCCGUGCAGCUCAAGCUGCCGUUCGUGCUUGGCGUCUUCUCGCUCGCGUCGUGGCUCGCCGCGUGGCACUGGCAGGAAGCGAUCAUUGCGCCGUCGCGCACUGAGGGCUACGUGUACGAGUACAUGGCUGCUGCAGGUUUCUACGUAGCGUCAUUGUUCACAGCGAUGGCCGCCGGCAUGGUCGGUCUCCUCGCGUGCACCAAGCCCGUGCAGAAGAGUCUGCCCAAGGCCAUCGUCGACGAGGUCGAGGCCAGCGCGCUCUUUCGCUGCCCCGGUGUACCGCUCGUGCCGUGCGUGGCCAUGUUUUUCAAUUGGCUGCUCGUCGUUCAAAUGCCCGUGCCGACGGUCGUCAUGAUGGUGCUCUGGAUCCUGCUCGCGAUUUGUGUCUACUUCGCGUAUGGCGCUCGGUAUGCGAAUCGGCCUCGUUGCGACGUGACGGUAUAGACGACGACCCGUGAGAACGGAGUUCGAUAGAUAUGGUUUGAUAAGACCCAGACCAGAUUGACAUCACUG